AUGCACUUGCCAGAAUUAUUUCAACGAUUUUAAAUAAUUCUACCACAACCUGUCUUGUUAGGUUGACCCUGCUUCACAAAUCUUGUCCCAUUGCAAACUUGGCGAAUUAUUUGUUAAACAUUUCAAAUUAUGUUUACAAACACCCUGCAAAACUACAAUGUACAAUGUGUGGAUACCCUAUUUAUCAUAUGUACCUACUUCUCCUCAAUUUACAAAUACAAAAAUGUCUUAAGUAUCAAUCUGGUCCUAAAAAUUGUAUCCCACCGCAUCCAUUACAAAAACGCCAUGAAAUUGUUUGCCCAACUUUUCGCAGCAAUUGCGAUCAUCUCCAUCGCACACGCCAUGCCGGCACGCCUUGAAGAACAAGAAGGUUCCGAACUUGAGGAAGAAUCCUCCUCCGAAAAUUUAGAGAAACGGCAUUCGCACCACUACGAUGACUAUUAUUCUGACGAAGAGGACGACUACUAUUCAGGCGAGGAAUAUUCCGACGAAUAUUAUUCCGAGGAAGAACGAGGCGAACAAGUCGGCACCGAUUCCGGAGCCGAAACCGACGCAGGCGGCGAACAAUCUGGACGUUUCAUGCUGCAAAAGGUCGCCGGCUGGGGGGGCAAUCCAUACGCGACUUAUUACACUGGCCAAAACGGAGGAAUGUAUCAAGGAAUGGGUGGUUGGUGGGGAUAAGAAGAAGGAAAAGUUUAGAAUUAAUUAUCCCUCGAUAACCAACAAACGCUUGAUUGAUAAUCAAUCAGUUAUAUAAAAAAGACAAGUCACACAUAAUAAUGGAACCACAAUAAUAUAAUCAUGACAAUAUUAUCAUCAUCAUUAAUUUAAUUGCUUAUUUAUUCAGUUAUGCUAAAAAAUUUCUAUCCAUCAAUCAAUAUACCACUUUAAAUAAGAUUCUUCAUGGGUUAAGGCAGGAGCGUUAAUAAAAUAAAAUAAAUGAGGUGCGUCUUCAUAAUUCGUAGUCAAUUGGGAGAGAAGAUGACUCGCCGUUAUUAAUUGAUUGGGUAUUGAUUACGCAAUAAAAUGACUGACUAAAUUCCAUUGCUUUAUGCGUGAAGUGAUUGAUUGAUUAGCA